UGCUAGUGAUUAAAGUUCAUUUCACAGUGCUGGCCAGAAGGGAAGUUCCAAUCUCACAGUCACCACCAAAUAUUGAUGAUUCAAAUCAUGAUGUCUCAUUUUUACAAGUCCGUGGGUCAAUUCCAUUAUUUUGGUCUCAAACUCCAUAUAGCCUAAAACUGAAACCAACUCUUGAAAGAUCUGCGGAUGAAAAUGCUGAAGCAUUCGCAAAGCAUUUCGAUAUUCUAUUAAAUGCAUAUGAACACACUAAUAGCAUAAAUCUGGUUGAGUCCCAUGGAAGAGAAGCAAUUAUUGGUACCGCUUUUCGCGAAGCCAUUCAAAAUUAG